AUGGCUAAAUUUAAGUAUAUAGUGUUAUUCUUGGUGCUUUGUAUGAUCGAGGCAUCAGUACCAAGACAACGGGAUUUACUUUCACAUGGUAAAUUGAAUCUACAACACCGUGGUUGGAAUACAAGCAGUUCUGAAACAAUCGUCACAUCUUCAACAUCCUGGAUCUCAGGCAUCCCGUCGUCUAAGAGCUCGUCUAAGAGUUCGUCACCAAGUUCUUCGGCUACUUCAACCCCUUCGACCUCUUCGACCUCUUCGGGUUCUUCGAGUACUCUGAGCUCUUCUGCAAGCUCCUCGAGUUCGUUAAAUACUUUAAGCUCCACAACAUCAUCCACGUCAUCCACAUCCUCGAGUUCUACUGCUUCUUCACUCUCUACUACGCUAUCUUCGUCAACUACUUCAUCUAGUACAACAAUACCAACUAGUAGUGGCACAACUAGCCAAACGACAACAUCACAGUCUAGUAGUGAACAAUUCUCACUCACACCAGUUACAAGUUUCCCAGUCUACUCUGCUCCAACCGCGACCAUCACUGGCGCAGCUGAAACAUCUAGCGCAGUUGCUAUUGCACCCGUGUUCGUUGCAGUUUGGAAAAAUAGAGGGAACCUCCUGGAUGAUAAAACUAAGCAGCAGUAUAUCAAGGAUGUAUCCAGCACUAAGAAUCAGGUUGAGUCGCUUUACAACAACUUGCCCGAUAAAUCGGACCCUCCCGAAGAAUGUUCCAAAACGAGCGGCAGCGGAAGUUUGAUUUCAGGUAUUAAGGACUUAUUAACUACACCUGCUAAACUCAUAAGUUGCGCAAGCAAGGUUGUCGGAAACUUGGUAGACGCGGUCAAUGUUGUUGAUCCCGUUAUAGCCACCGUUGAGACUUUAACAGAUACACUUCAGGACAUUGGAAAUGAACUGGAGAAAGGCCAAAAUGAUGAUCCAACUUCUACCAAGAAACCAACUAGUAGCGAUAAGUCUACUGAUUCUAAAACAUCUUCGACCUCGAGCGAAUGUUCUACUACGUCAGCUGCAAGUUGUAUUAAGACGAUCACGCUCUCAACCUCGUGGUACACAGACAGCACAACUAAAACCUCAGAUGUGAAGACUAUCACCACGACGGUGUGCGCAACUAUCACAGGAUGUUCUGUUAAAGGGACUACUGCGACAACUACUACCUCUACUGCUACCACUUCAUCGGGAACUGGGUGGGUAUGUGAUUUCAGUUGUGCUGCAGGAGGUUGCGCAGCUUCUAAAAGGGCAGCUGAUCCUACAAGCACCCCUGAACCAAUCGCAAAUUCUCAAAACCUGGGGAAGCGAAAUCUGAAGCCUACUGGGAAGAUUAGCAAUAUCGAUCAAUACAUCAUAAGCACCUUGUCAAGUUCUGGUGCCGAAGGGCUGGCAUGGAAUAAGGGUAUCGCUGUUUCUAAGUACUACCAGUUUUUGAACAAGGCAUUUGUCAAAUACGUUGCCGGAGUCACCGGAUGUACUUCGAUCAUCGUUAUCUCUGAGAAAGGUGCAUGGAUUUCUCAUUUUAUGGAGACAGGAUUCAUGCCCGAUGAUGGACGAAAGACGGAUAGGGAUCAGUUGGAUGCCGCAGUAAAGGAUGGCAACAGCAACUAUGAGAGACCCGCGGACCUUGCCGUUGAGAACGGUGACCUCAACAAGGACUCUCAGAGCGUACAAAUAUACGUCUCAGGUCCUUGCACCUACACAACAGAUGCGAGCGGAAAUAAGGUCUGCGAUGAGAAGGAUGGCGCACCGAAUUGGGAGUACACAAGGAUUGAUACUUUGUUGACCACGCUGUUUGGUGCUGGGACACCUUUCGAGGGUGUACCAAUCACUAAGAGAGGCUAUAUCAAGCCAACUGACAGAGAUGAGGUUGAUUCUCUUGCGGAUACUUCUGCAAGAGGCAAAGUUGUCGUUCAGUACGAUUCGAACCAAUUAACAGAUCAGUUCUUACCUUUCAACCCCAAGCACGCAGCAUACCGUGUGUGGUUAGAAUCCUCUCCAUAUCAAAAGGACUGGGUUGCUUCUAGUUGUCAAGGAGGUAAUGCACCAAAUCAAAAGCGCGACGGAUCAUGCCCUGUGUCAGGAAGCGGCGGCGUUAGUAGUAGUAGCGCAACCGCAACGUCCAAAACGGCAACCCCUUCCCAACAACCCACAGAUUCAACAACGUCAAUAGCCAGCACGUCCACCGCCGCCCAAACAAGUCAAAUUACAUCAACAGAGCCAUCUCGUGCUUCUUCAUCAACCAUUUUGACGGUUACACCAUCUCCUACAUCGAUUUCUUCUGUACCUACUACUAUUUCAAUAGUUAUAUCACCUUCACCGUCUCCUCAGACAAGCGAUACUUCGGUAUUUGAGUCGGUAGUAAUAUUCUCUUCAACAACCGCGACUGAGAUAUCUUAG